CUGGGAGAUUCGACUUGGAAAGUAAGAAGAAAUGCUCCGUCACAAAUAGGUCUACGCGGGACGCAAAGGAUUUGCAACUAUUCGCCAUAGAUGACGAUAACUUGAGUGGCAAUUCCAACCAUUAUUUCUUUUUUGUCGUGUGCGAGCUACCAGCCAGGGGACUCACGGAGGGAUCCAACUUUCAUUUCUGCCGAUCCGGAGCUCACUGCGCAGGGCUGAGGCUGGAGCCCCUCUAAACCUAAUAAUCUAAUCAGGGACCUAACGAUAACGACGUCUCUCUGGUAUGCAGGCACUGCCACGCACAAUUGUCUCUCUUCCAUGGAACACUUUCGGCAAAGGAAGUCGUCGGAUCGUCAAAGAAAAACGUUUUUUUCUCUCCUCUGAAGGUGUUAUCUUUGUUACUGUUGUUUCUCCUCAAGCAGCAUUAGAUCAAACCAGGGUGUACUUCGUAAUCCACAUAGUUCUACGAUUACAACUUUCACCGAUUUGCAGUCUACUUCCACGUUGGGACUGUCCUCCAACCCCACGCUAGCGAACCUCGGCAACAAAAGUAAGUUAGUCUUGGUUGUACUAACAAGAAUUAUAUAUAUUCUAAGUAGUUAUGAAUGGUUCCGGUAUAAUUUGGUAACCUGAAUUUGAUCAUUUAAGGGAAAACAAGAAGAGAACCCUUAGGAUCUAACUCAGUUUACCAAAUACCAGAACCAUACAAAAAAACGAGUUGAAAGUGAACUCCUUGUAUCCUACUUACUUGAUGGCCGUAUCUUCUGGAAAAAUAAAAGAUCAAUCUAACUCUGCCUCUCCAGGUAAGACAGCCAGUAAAAGCUCUCAAUUGACUCCGCCUAUUAUCGCGAACUCACAUUGGCCAAAGUCGGACUCUCAAUGAUGGAAGAUGAGGAUGAUGACAGCUAGCGGAGGCUUUUGAAGAUCGUCCUUUUCGUCUUGUACGGAUAAUUGCAUUCAAUAUUUUCACGGCCAAGAAGACCUCCAGCACACCCUCGUUGGCCUAGCAGCAACGACUCAAGUAUGAGAUAAUACAACUAUCUAAAAACUUUUAAUAUUCUUACUGUAAAUUAGUAUUAGUAGUAGUAGAUUUAGAUUCUUCCUCCGCUGCAGGUAUGUCUAUGUUUCCCAAAUGCGUCGGAAGAACAAGUUUCUUUUUGUGGUGGUCAUUGCAAAGGGCUAGAGGGCCGAAAGUUGUGGCAGUAAAAACUGCACUAAGAACCACGACAACUACAACAUGGUCGCUAAUAUUAAAAGUAAAAGUUUUUAGAUAAACUACUAAAACUUGUCCUACUCAAAUCAAGGAGGUAGUAUUAAGUAAGAAUGAUGAUUCUCAGAAUAAUGAUUCUCUCAAAGCAAAACCUGGAUGAUUCAUCUUCACCCCAGCCUCCCCAACAAAGAAGAUGCUUCGUUAUCUACGAGCUGAAGCUAUUUCAUUACCCAACACAGUUUCUACGCCUCAUCUCAUAUUUUAGGUCUUCCUGCCUUCCUUUUUUACCUCUCUCUCCUUCAUCCUUUAACCAUUCCGGCACUUAUCUCACGCUUCGUCCGUCAUUACCAAG